CAGGGCGGCCAGUUCCCUCCAGCUGCAGAGCUUCAGUUUGUCUUUUUUUUCCAACUAAAAUGGAGGCUGCUUUCUUGCCGUAAGGAGUGCAGCGCCCUCCCCGCGGCGUCUCGAUGUGGACAUGUAAUAAAGCGGGCAGCAGGAUGGUGGUGGACGCGGCGAGCGCCAACGGGCCCUUCCAGCCCGUGGCCCUGCUCCACAUCCGAGAUGUCCCCCCUGCCGAUCAAGAGAAGCUCUUCGUCCAGAAGCUGCGUCAGUGUUGCGUCCUGUUCGACUUUGUUUCCGACCCGCUGAGCGACCUGAAGUGGAAGGAGGUGAAGCGCGCGGCGCUGAGCGAGAUGGUGGAGUACAUCACCCACAACCGCAGCGUGGUCACGGAGCCCGUCUACCCGGAGGUGGUGCACAUGUUUGCAGUUAACAUGUUUCGAACGUUACCACCUUCCUCCAAUCCCACGGGAGCAGAAUUUGACCCCGAGGAAGAUGAGCCAACGUUAGAAGCCGCCUGGCCUCAUCUACAGCUUGUUUAUGAAUUUUUCUUAAGAUUUUUAGAGUCUCCAGAUUUCCAACCUAAUAUAGCGAAGAAAUAUAUUGAUCAGAAGUUUGUAUUGCAGCUUUUAGAGCUCUUUGACAGUGAAGAUCCUCGAGAGAGAGAUUUUCUGAAAACUACCCUUCACAGAAUCUAUGGAAAAUUCUUAGGCUUAAGAGCUUACAUCAGAAAACAGAUAAAUAAUAUAUUUUAUAGGUUUAUUUAUGAAACAGAGCAUCACAACGGCAUAGCAGAAUUACUGGAAAUCCUGGGGAGUAUAAUUAAUGGAUUUGCCUUACCGCUAAAGGAGGAGCACAAGAUUUUCUUGUUGAAGGUGUUGCUGCCUUUGCACAAAGUGAAAUCCCUGAGCGUCUACCAUCCGCAGCUGGCGUACUGUGUAGUGCAGUUCUUAGAGAAGGACAGCACCCUCACCGAGCCGGUGGUGAUGGCACUUCUCAAAUACUGGCCAAAGACGCACAGUCCGAAGGAGGUCAUGUUCUUGAAUGAGUUAGAAGAGAUUCUAGACGUGAUCGAACCAUCGGAGUUCGUGAAGAUCAUGGAGCCCCUCUUCCGACAGCUGGCCAAGUGUGUGUCCAGCCCACACUUUCAGGUACGGAGGGUGGGGGAGACGGCCCGUGUCCGAGUCCCGUCCGAGGUGACAGGCUUCGGGGCGUCGCUGGCCAUGUCCUUCCCGUGUGGUUUGGAGGUGAACUUGAGCCCCAACCUCGCCACCCAGAUGCCCCUUCAUUGUAUUUUUUCAAAUUUCAACAUUUUUUUAUUCUGCUUCCAAGGAAAGUGGCUUUGGGCUGCUGUCGGCCCGGACACUGCACCGAGGGGCCUCGGGCCGGGGUGCUCAGGGAGGGCCAGGCGGCUCGACGGGCUGUGUGGACGCAGACUCAGCCAAACCGCCAGGCUCCCGUUGGGAAGCCGGGGGGCCUGGGAGACUAGGGCCGAUGCGGCGGCUGGAGAGCUGGGGGAGAGGAGGGCUGUGGCCGCGCAGGGCGAGGCGGGGAGGGGCGGGGGGUGGAGGGCGAGGCGGAGCGAGCGGAGCCUGAACUCGGGGUCUGCUUCCAGGACCAUACACGGCCUGAUCUACAACGCGCUGAAGCUCUUCAUGGAGAUGAACCAGAAGCUGUUUGACGACUGCACCCAGCAGUUCAAAGCCGAGAAGCUCAAAGAGAAGCUAAAAAUGAAAGAACGAGAAGAAGCGUGGGUUAAAAUAGAAAAUCUAGCCAAAGCAAACCCCCAGCACACAGUGUGUAGUCCCGCCGGCACCGUGGGCGGCCCGGCUGCAAUGGACACGGACGGGCCUCCGGGUGAAGACGUGCAGAUGCUGAGACAGACAGAGAAGGGGGAGGCUCGCCAGGCCCAGAAAGAUCUGAAGAAGGACCGGCCCCUGGUGCGCCGCAAGUCUGAGCUGCCUCAGGACCCACACACCAAGAGCGCCUUGGAGGCUCACUGCCGAGCGGACCAGCUGGUGGCCCAGGACGGGCGCUAGCCCCCCGCGGGGCCGCCUCGGGCUGGGGACGCCCGCUCGCUCCUGGAGUCCGUAGAAAACACUCCUGUCUGUGCCAUACGCGUCCGUACACUCAGACCCCGAGCUUUCCUCCGACCCUUCCGUAGGCAAUAAGGACUUCUUCCUCAGCUCGAGAUUAGGAGUUCAAACAGUGGUGGCUCCUCAGAUUGUCCUCGGAGCCCGAGGGCCCCCGACCGCGUCCCCGGCGCAUCACCUCCGCGGCGCCCGGCCCCGUAGGACGACGCCCCCACAUCAGAGCUGACGAGAGCACCCUGGGCCCCUCCACGUUCGGCCCAACGGGAUUCACGAUCGCUCUCGAUGAGCGGUUCUGUGAUCACAGCGAUGUGCGCAGAUCAGAGGAGCCCUGGGAAACAGUCCCGCACGUGCGCCGAGACUCCCGACCUGCGCGGGCCCCGCGUGGUGGCGGUUAGCUUCUCCCUCCCUCCCUCCUCGCUCGCUCGCUCCCUCCAUCUCAGUCUGUCAUCGCUCUGGCGUGGCUUCCUGGGACUCGCGCCGUGACAGUCCUCAGCCGCUGUGUUUCCUGAGGGGUGUCUUCUCUUGGCUUGGUGACGUGUGUGCCGUGUCCCUGCCGUGUGUAGCGAAAGCCAUAUUUCCAGGCCUGCGGCCCGGCACCAGGGGCCCCCGGAGUAAGCUCACAGGAGAAACAUGAUUUUGUAAAAGAGCUUUCUCCGUCUACCUUGACCGGAAUUGGAAUUUUAAAACCAUGUGUCCAUUU